AUGAAUCGGGAUAUCGACAUCGCGGCCAUGCUAUCGCUUUUCCGCCCCGAUAGCUCACGGGAGAAUUUGGAAUGCAAUAGAAAGACAAAUCCAUUCCGUCUCGAGAAUGACCACCCUUUCGCCGUGUUGAGGGCGACCAGCUUCGCUGUUCAUCGGUUUUUGAAUACCCUUCCAGAAAAAGACCAUGUGAAACGAGGGGAGUGGUUAGGGAAAAUCUAUGACAUUGUCCUCCUUAAGCGGGGUUUUGGUACAAUUAUGAAUGGGGUAUCAAUUGGCUCUGCCAUUCCACCGGUCAAAACCAUUAUCAUUGAUCUUGAUAUUGACGAAAGCGAAGUCAAUGUUAUGGGCGAAAUCUUGGCCGAAAACAAGAAAGGAUUGGUGUAUGGGAACGAGAAUGGAGGGAUGAUUAUGGGUGGGAGAAAAUUUCGAAAUCUCAUCCAGAGUGUAACCUAG